AUGAAGCGGUCCCGACAUAGAUGGCUGGGAUUUAGUUUAUUUUGUGUAACAUUGCUAUGCCUAUCAGCGGAUCUACCAACAACAUCAGCAGUGAGAGCUACGAAGUUAAUCUUCUCUAAGACCAGUACCACCACAGCAGUACCGGAAGAAGAAGCGACAGGGCCCGAAGAUGAAAAUCAAGAGGUGGAAGUAACAGGCGAAGACGCUGAAACCAAUAAAACAUCGAAACUAUCAGGAAUACCACAAAUAGAUUAUAUCUAUGAUCCCAAUUUGCCACGAGAGUUAAAUGGAUAUAAUUUGUCAGAAUAUCCAUUCUACGAAACUGUUCCACCUCCAGAAAAAAUGGACUUUAAGUGUGACGGAUUGCAUGAUGGUUUCUACGCAUCAAUUCCUCAUAAAUGUCAGGUCUACCACCAUUGUCUUUUCGGUACACGAUAUGACUUCUUGUGUGCGAAUUAUACAGCGUUUGAUCAGAAAACUUUUAUCUGCCAAUUCGUAUCUGAAGUUGAUUGUAAAAAUUCAGCAAAUUAUUUUAGCAGGAAUGAGGCUCUAUACAAAGCAGCAUCAACAGAACCACCUCCAAAACCAUCAACUACAACAACAACUACAACUACUACUACAGCGCGACCACCGCGACCCGGUGGUCGUCGUCGACCACCAUCCAGAUACGAUUAUUAUGACGAUGACUAUUACUAUCCUGCGAGAGAUGAUUAUGAUUACGAAGAAAGAGGUGGUAGGAGGAGCAGGCCCAGAAGACCGGGCAAACGUAGACCUCAUGAUGAUUAUGAUGACAGGUAUGAAACUCGCUCAAGACCACGUGAUGAACCAGAAGAGGAUUAUGAAGACAGAAGGCCAUAUGAAAGACCGAGACCUAACAAAAGACCAUAUCCUGACAACAGAAGACCUUACGAUGACGAAGAUAGAAGACCUUACAAAGGUGGUAGAAGACCAAGUCGACCUCGUGAUAAUGAAGAAGAUAGGUACCGGCCUAAAGAUGAUGAAGAGGAUAGGCCACGAGGUAACAAGAGAGGAGAGCUUAGACCCAGAGAUAAACUUAGACCGCGAGACGAAGAUGAAAUUAAACCAAGAGAUGAAACAAGAAUGAGAGAUGAAAUAAGGCCUAGAGAUGAAAUAAAAUCCAACAGAGACGAAUCUCGUUUAAGAGAUGAGAUAAGACCACGAGAUGAAAUUAAGUCAAAAGAUGAAGUUAUUUUGAGAGAUGAAAAAAGACCUAGAGAUGAAAUAAGAUCAAGAGAUGAUAUAAGAUCAAGAGAUGACAUAAGAUCAAGAGAUGAUAUAAGACCAAGAGAUGAGAUAAGAUCUAGAGAUGAGAUACGACCAAGAGACGAAAUAAGAUCUAGAGAUGAAAUCAGGUCCAGAGAUGAAAUAAAACCAAGAGAUGAAAUUAGAGUUAGAGAUGAGAAGAAACCAAGAGAUGAAAUAAGACCAUUAAAAGAUGAAGUUUCUGAACCCGAAAUUAAACCCAGAGAAAGAACUAGAGAUGACCGUUACCAACAAAAUGAAGGUAGAAGAAUUUUUGAUAGACCUUACAGAAACCGAGAUGAGAGGCCAUAUUUGAAGGCUGAAAAGAAUAUUGAAGGUGAAGAAAGAGUGCAGGAAGAAAAAAGGCAAGCUCCGACAGCUCCUGAAGGUCAACCUUUAGUCAAACCCAAUGGACAUGGAAUUUUCGGCAAACCGAGAAUGCCGCCAAAAAUUAAACGACCAGUACCAAGUAGUGAAAAGGAUAAAUAUGAAUAUGUUGUUAUAACAACUACAAAAGCACCGUCAAAAAAUGAUGAUGAAUAUUAUGACGAUUACGAAGAAGAAGAUACAAGAAAACCCUCUCCUUCUGCGAAAACAAGUAUUGUUCAGCAAAGGCCGAGGUUAGAUCCUAUUGAAAAAGAAAAAUUUAAACCUUUACGGCCUCAUUAUACCUCAGAUGAUAAAGCAAAAAGGAUAAAGGCGAAGGAUCAAAUAGAAUAUGACGAAGAAGAAUAUUAUGACGAACCUCCAGUGAGGUCUCAAAAAUAUAUUUCUCAAAGAACCGUAGACGAACGCCCAUCAAAAGUUAAAGAUGAUGAUUAUUACUACGACGAAAAACAUGAUAAACAGAAGAGAAAUAAUGAAGAGGAUAUAACUACUAAAGUCAAAGAUUUAAAACCUAAUGUUAAAGUUGUAAGGAGGCCUUUUUUACCAUCUAGGGGUGGGAGUCCCUAUCUUCCAAGAGGAUUGCAGCCUGUUGCUGGAAGAGAUUUGAACUCACCACCCAAUACCACCCCUAAACCUACUACUUCUACUACUACCUCUACGACAACUACAACAACUACUACACCAGAACCUCCAACAACAGUGGCAAUUAGGAGCACAACAACAGAAAAAAUAACAACAACAAUUGCUACAGAAAAGCCAACAACUUCAACUCUACCAGAAGAAGAGUAUGAAUAUUACGAUGAAGAGGAUAUCGAAUAUGAAUCAAAAGAUAAAAAAGAACCAACAACAACAGUAGAAAUUAAACCUGCCCUUAUUAAAGAAUCCACAACAACAGAUUCAAGUGCGUCUCAAGAAGUAACUACAGAAGAUAAAGCUAAAAACCUUGCUACUAAAGUUCUUAGAAAUUUUAAUGAUAAUUAUGCAGCUAUUAAAGAACAGCUUGCAUCUACGCUUACACCCAAUGACUAUCUUAAACCAUACCUAGGGGCCGCAAUAAAAACAUCAAAACCAGAGCCAAAUCCUGAAAUAUCAAAAGGCUACACUGCUACUGGAAAGCCUUUAAAAAUACCGGAUAUAAAGCAAAACUUAGCUGAUUCUAUUGAAAACGAUUAUGAUGUGAGAUUAAAUGAAGCUGUAAGCCCAAAUAUAAGAAUACCGAGUGGUUUUAUAGUUCCUGAAAGAGAAUUUACGUUUUCAAGAUUCAGAAAUAAUGUACAUUCCGAACCACAAUUCGCAGCCUCAGAAAUAAGUCACUAUCAAAUUAGAAAACGCCCACAAAUUUCAGGAGUGUCUAUCAGAACUCCGUCUUCCUACUACAUCCAACCUCAGAGGAUAGUUUAUGAUGACCAUGUCAGACCACCACGGCACUUGCUUUACAGGAUAGGUGACAUAUUC